AUAUCUGUCCUAAGUAUAGACUUUGCUUUUUAGUCAACAGAAUUCAGAGCGCCGAGUUAUUACAAAAUUAUUUUGAAUUUUUCCAAAAAUGUGCGACGAAGGACCUAUAACCGAUUGUGAGCCGACGACUUUGAGUCUGAACUUCAAUUCGUAUCAUAUUCAUAUGCCUUUGUAUAUAAUGGAUAUGGUACGAGUAUUUCAAGAUCAUCCAAAGUAUUGCAAUGGCAUACAAGCAGAACAUAUUCUGGAAAUGCUUGAGAAGGAUCCACAUAAUUCUCUUAGACCCUGUGUGUGUGGCGAUCUGGAGGCUCAGGUGAAGACAGCUCUAUUGGAUUUAACCUCGAAGGGUUUCAUACGCUAUGUGGGCAAUGGCUAUCGUACUUUGGGACCCAUUGCCAAAUUGGCCAAUGCUCGUUCGGCGCGUCAUUUCAAUAUGAACUGGCAACGCAUUGCCGAAGCCCAAAAGGUCAAUUGCCCGAGUCUGGAGGGCUGCAUACCCAGUACCAACUGCAAAUAAUCAUCUUAAAGAGAACACACACAUUUUGUUAGUUUUCUAUUUUCUUUUUUGCUUUUCAAACUUGUUUGUAUAAUUCUGCGAGGGGAUGUCGAGAAAGACCACACACAUACAUGCGCAGUAGCAUAUGGAGCACCCAAAAUUAAAACUCCUUUUGACCAUCAAAUUAAUGCCGACAAAUGUAAUAAAAAUUGUUUUAUCAA